GAAAUUUCCAAGAAAGUCGCAGUGACCCCGCCGGGGCCAAAUCCGCCUCCGCAAUCAUGAACAAAGAAGCACCGCUCUCUAUCACUGAGCGCGACUUUAUCCUCAAUGCGCUGCGCGAGGAUGUGCGUCUGGACGGUCGAGAGGCCGACCAGCUGCGUCCGCUGAAGGUGUCGUUCGGGGAGGAGUAUGGGCAUGUGAAGGUGCAACUCGGCCGGACCAGUCUCAUUGUCCGAAUCUCCGCUGAAGUCACGAAACCCCACGAUGAUCGUCCGUUUGAUGGUCUUUUCACAAUCGCCAUGGAGCUAACUGCGAUGGGCUCACCCGCCUGGGACAAUGGCCGGCAAGGAGACCUUGAAACAUACGUCACCAAUGUCCUGGACCGCGUCGUUCGCCAUUCCAAUGCCCUGGAUACCGAGUCUCUCUGUAUCCUCAAGGGUGUCAGUUGCUGGAGCAUCCGUGCGGACGUCCACGUUACCGAUUACGAUGGCAACCUGAUUGAUGCGGCUUGUAUCGGUAUCAUGGCCGGACUGCAACACUUCCGCCGUCAAGAUGCCGUGGUCAAGGACGGCCAGGUGAUUGUCUACGGGCUCGAUGAACGCGUCCCUGUCGCAUUAAACAUCACACACAAGCCGCUGUCCGUCACUUUCCACACCUUUGAUGAAGGAAAGCGGGUGAUUAUCGAUGCCACGCGGAAAGAGGAGCAAGCAUCCGAAGCAGAUGUUGUGAUAGGCAUCAACAAUGCGGGUGACGUGUGCUUCGUCUCCAAGUUCUCCGGAUCUCCGGUAGACGCGAUGGUCUUUGUGGACAAGACAUCGGUUGCGUUGGAGAAAGUUAAGGAAAUCAAUGCGAUCAUUGACAAGGCGCUACAGGCUGACCUUUCGAAACGGGCGAAGAACGGCAUGGCCGAGCAGUCACGAGCGGAGAACGAUCGGUAAUCGAACUCUGCUGCGUUGAAAGCAAAUACUGUUUAAUGAGCUAAGACAAUGCAUUAGAGCUUGAUGUAUGAUAAGAGCUACAGCAUAACUGGCAUAGCUACGAGCUGGGUCAUCAAAAAGAAAGUUUAAUCUGAAAACCCAUUCCACCUUUACUGGGAUUCUUGACCCACCUUGUAUGGCUUUAAAGCUUUCGUUACGCAACUUUGAACCAAGCUCCGACGUGCUAGGUCAUCAUCCAUGGCUGCCUGCUCCUAAAUCAACAAUAAGGUUCCUGGAUAAACUAAGAUGCUUGACGACACUUUAAUGGGGAAUCUGGUUCUCUCGUCCAACAUAUCUGCAAGUUAGGGACAGACGUGUAGUGACAGAGCUCUACACAAAAUCACUCCUAGUACUGUCACUGUUCUAGCCUCAAGUUGUGGGUUGCAGACCACCAUGGUUAUACUUCACCG